UGCCGAGCGGGGAUUGUUUUUCCUGAUUUCCACUUUGCAGCCACUGCUUCUCCAAUUCCUUAUUUUAAACCACACGCCACUGACAAGUUGCUUUUUUUUUCACCACGUUAGGAGGCGAAGCCACACGUAACGGAUCCUUAAAUCCCCCAUCGGUGAACUUCUUUGGAGAGGAGAGAGAGAGGGGUCUCGCAGCUCUCAAGAGUAUGAGUUCAUAAUGAAGCGGCGUCUGGAGGAUCAGGAAACGGUUUUUGCGUCCCAGCAGCGGCGCCUCGCUGGCAACACGGAGGCUUUCCAGCAUCGUGUCCUGGCCCCUGCUCCAGCACCGGCGGUGUAUGAAGCCGUCUCCGAAAACAUGCAGCCCACCGCCGGCGUCCAGUACUCCGUCCCACAGGGAUACCAGGUCCCCCCUGUAGCCCAGAACAGCGGCGGUCAUGGGCACACUCCCAGCCCAGCCGUCCACCCCGGACCUCACCACCACAGUCCAGCGGUGCAGCCUCACGGGCCCGCGGUGAUGUCAGGACACGGCCACACAGCGGCCCCGCAAGCCUCCGCUCAGGGCCACCAGCAGUUCCAGAGGCUUAAGGUGGAAGAUGCUUUAUCUUACUUGGAUCAAGUGAAGCUACAGUUCGGUAACCAACCUCAGGUCUACAAUGACUUUCUAGACAUAAUGAAAGAGUUCAAGUCCCAAAGCAUCGACACUCCCGGGGUCAUCAGCAGAGUUUCGCAGCUCUUCAAAGGCCACCCUGACCUCAUCAUGGGCUUCAACACUUUCCUUCCUCCCGGCUACAAAAUUGAAGUCCAGACCAACGACCUGGUCAACGUGACGACGCCCGGUCAGAUCCACCACAUCACCCCUCACGGCAUCUCGGUCCAGAACAUCCCCAUCACCGGAGCGUCUACUCAGCACCAGUCCCCGCUCCCCCCCGUCACCACCACCGCGGCUCCAGCCAUCCUCACGCAGCCCACCCCGGCCAAGAUAAGCAAGCCUCUUCAGCCGCAAGCGGUGACGCCGAGCAGCCAGAGCAAUCCGUCCAUCCCCGCGUACACCUCUCCCCGCUCGCCGCCCGUGCAGCUCCAUCCUCCCAUCAGUGGGACCCCCACCGGGCCGCCCUUGCAGAACAACCAGCCCGUGGAGUUCAACCACGCCAUCAACUACGUCAACAAGAUCAAGAACCGCUUCCAGGGCCAGCCAGACAUCUACAAAGCUUUUCUGGAGAUCCUCCACACGUACCAGAAAGAGCAGCGCAACGCUAAAGAGGCCGGAGGGAACUACACGCCGGCUCUGACUGAACAGGAAGUGUACGCUCAGGUAGCCCGGCUCUUCAAGAACCAGGAGGACCUGCUCUCGGAGUUCGGCCAGUUUCUCCCGGACGCCAACAGCUCAGUGCUGCUGAGUAAAACCACCGCCGAGAAGGCGGAGUCGGUGCGGAACGACCACGGCUUCACCACCAAAAAGCUGCAGCUCAACAACAAGCAGAGGCCCAGUCAGAACGGCUGCCAGAUCCGUCGCCACCCGACCCCCGGAGCCACGCCCCCCGUCAAGAAGAAGCCCAAGCUGCUGAACCUGAAGGAUUCGUCGGGGGCCGACCCCGGCAAGCACGGCGCCGGCACAGAAUCCCUGUUCUUCGAGAAGGUGCGCAAGGCCUUGCGAAGUGCGGAGGCCUACGACAACUUCCUGCGCUGUCUGGUCAUCUUCAACCAGGAGGUGAUCUCCAGGGCUGAACUGGUGCAGCUGGUGCUGCCGUUUUUUGGGAAAUUCCCCGAGCUGUUCAACUGGUUCAAAAACUUCCUGGGCUACCGGGAAAUGUGCCACAUUGAAACGUACCCCAAGGAACGAGCCACGGAGGGCAUCGCCAUGGAGAUCGAUUAUGCUUCCUGCAAGCGACUGGGCUCCAGUUACAGAGCUCUGCCCAAGAGCUACCAGCAACCCAAGUGUACGGGGAGAACUCCGCUUUGUAAAGAGGUCUUAAAUGACACCUGGGUCUCGUUCCCCUCCUGGUCUGAGGACUCUACGUUCGUCAGCUCCAAGAAGACUCAGUACGAGGAGCACAUUUACAGAUGUGAAGACGAGCGCUUCGAGCUGGACGUCGUGCUGGAGACCAACCUGGCCACCAUCAGGGUCCUGGAGUCGGUCCAGCGGAAGAUCUCCCGCAUGUCUGCAGAGGAGCAGGCCAAGUUCCGACUGGACAACACGCUGGGCGGCUCCUCGGAGGUCGUACACCGCAAGGCCAUCCAGAGGAUAUACGGAGAAAAGGCGCCCGACAUCAUCGACGGCCUGAAGAAAAACCCAGCGGCCUCAGUGCCCAUCGUGUUAAAAAGGUUAAAAACGAAGGAAGAAGAGUGGCGGGAAGCCCAGCGGGGCUUCAACAAGAUCUGGAGGGAGCAGAACGAGAAAUAUUACCUCAAAUCUCUGGACCAUCAAGGCAUCAACUUCAAACAGAAUGACACCAAAGUGCUUCGAUCCAAGUCCUUGCUCAACGAAAUCGAAACCAUCUAUGAUGAGCGCCAGGAGCAGGCCUCCGAAGAAAACGCCAGCCCCAUCAUGGGCCCCCACCUGACGCUGGCCCACGAGGACAGCCAGAUCCUGGAGGACGCGGCGGCGCUCAUCAUCCACCACGUGAAGCGGCAGACCGGCAUCCAGAAGGAGGACAAGUACAAGAUCAAGCAGAUCAUCUACCACUUCAUCCCCGACAUGCUGUUCUCCCAGCGCGGCGAGCUCUCAGACGUGGAGGAGGAGGAGGACGAGGAGGACGAGGAGGAGCUGGAGCUGGAAGACGGGGUUUCUAAAAAGCACAACGGCGUCCCCGGCAGCAGGAGCCCCUCCAAGUCCAAGCUGCUGUUCGGCAACACGGCGGCGCAGAAGCUGCGCGGCUGCCACGACGACGCCUACAACCUGUUCUUCGUCAACAACAACUGGUACAUCUUCCUGCGGCUGCACCAGACGCUGUGCUCGCGGCUGCUGCGGCUGUACGGCCAGGCGGAGCGGCAGAUCGAGGAGGAGGUCCGGGAGCGGGACUGGGAACGGGAAGUCCUGGGACUCAAGAAGGACAAGAACGACAACCCAGCCAUCCAGCUGAGACUGAAGGAGCCCAUGGACAUUGAGGUUGAAGACUACUACUCGGCCUUCCUGGAGAUGGUCAGGAAUUUGCUGGAUGGAAACAUGGAGUCGUCCCAGUACGAGGACUCGCUGAGGGAAAUGUUCACCAUCCACGCCUACAUCGCCUUCACCAUGGACAAGCUGAUCCAGAGCAUCGUCCGGCAGCUCCAGCACAUAGUGAGCGACGAGAUCUGCGUCCAGGUGACGGACCUGUACCUGGCCGAGGGCUCCAGCGGCGCCGCCGGAGGAGCCGUGUCCACGCAGCCGUCGCGGAGCGCCGCCGAGGCCAUGUACCAGCGGAAAGCCGAGCAGAUCAUGUCCGACGAGAACUGCUUCAAGGUGAUGUUUCUGAGAAACGCAGGGCAGGUGCAGCUCACCAUGGAGCUGCUGGACACGGACGAGGAGAACUCGGACGAGCCCAUGGAGGUCGAGCGUUGGUCCGAUUACGUGGGCCGCUACUUGAACCCAGAUUCCACCACUCCAGAGUUGAGGGAGCAUCUCGCUCAGAAACCGGUCUUUCUUCCCAGGAACCUGAGGCGGAUCCGGAAGUACCAGAAGGGGAGAGAACAGAUGGACAAGGAAGCCUGCGAGGGCGGGAAGAAGACGCUGGAGAAGGAGAAGAUGGAGUGCAUGUUCAAGCUCAACUCUUACAAGAUGGUGUACGUCUUCAAGUCCGAGGACUACAUGUACCGACGCACGGCCCUGAUGCGAGCUCACCAGUCCCACGAGCGGGUCAGCACGCGACUGCACAAGCGCUUCCAGGCCUGGGUGGACGCCUGGGUGGCGGAGCACGUGACCCGCGACAUGAGCGCCGAGACAGACAAGUGGCUGAUGGGCGAGGGCCGGGACGGCCUGCUGCCCUGCACCACCAGCCGCCACCCGGAGGUGCUGCACUUCAUGAACAUCAACAAGUACCGCGUCAAAUACGGCCCGCCCAGCAAGGCGCCGUAGCCGCGGGGGAAACCAGGACUCAGAUUCACCUCCGGGGGGUUUUGGUCAGAGAACCAAACGGGUCAGGAGCAGAGGCGGGGCCGAGGGCUUACUAACGUGUUUUUAAGGUCAAUAUGGGAGCACAAUGAAGCCAGCUACCAGGCGUAGUUGCACCCAGGGCGGCAGGAUUACCGAGUUUUUACCAGCGUUUUUAGCUGGGCCCAUUUCGUUUUUUUUCCACAGGGCCUUCGGUGCCAAAACUAGGAAUAGUCAGGUCCAGUCGCAGACCUGAGCUCGUACCAGCACUUGGAGCGACGCCACCACCUUUCUCCGAGCCAGAACGACUGGACUUGGCCCGGGGGGGGAAAGAGCAAAGCGGCGAGCCCCGCAACUCCGCGAGAGACGGUGGUGCUUUUUUUUGUACUUUAUCGCAAAACUGAGCUCCGGUUUAGCUUUUUACCGGCCCCGCGUGGCACGCCGAGCCGUUUCCAGCAAAAAUACAGUCCCACGGGGGAGCCGCGGCGACAGCAGCGCUGCCCCCUAAGCUAGCCCCGGAGAACGAUACGAUGGACAAGUGCACUUAUUUAGGAAGAGGGUUUGGGAGGGAGCUCAGUCCGCCGCCUGAGACGUCCGACAUUCCUGCGUUACGGCCAAAAUCACAAUCAUGUAUCGUCACCAGACAGACGGGUGGGGGCUGACACUUCCUGUUCCAAAACACAUGGCAGCAUUAUUAGAAACUGUGCCUGAGCCCUGAGCUGUAUUGUGGGGUUAACAUAGUAAAAAGCACUGUUGCAUCUAAUGUAUAAAGAACAUUAGCCUCACAACACUGUUGGGUCUCAGACUGUAAAAUUGUAAAAAAAAUAGCUCGUGAAUGUCAGAUCCUGACAUGUUAUUCCAGUGUAUGUGUUGUGUAUAUAUAUUAUAUAUAGUUCUAUAAACACACAUGAUCCUCGCCGCCCUGGACGUCAACCAUUUUAAGAUGCCCUCUCUGCCAAUACACCAGCUUAUACACACACACACACACACGUACACACUCGUCUCUGUGGGAGGACUGUCCACGUACCGCUCAUGCUGUAAAUACACUGUAAAUAGUCUCAGACUUUUUAUGACAGAUCUGUGUUGUUGUGCUAGUUAAAAAAAAAAAAAAACUACAAAAAAAAGACAAAAAAACUUCCCCAGCUUACUGUGGACUUCAGUGAUAAAUGGCUCAAGUUAGUAAUGUAUAUGAAAAAGACGAAUGCCAGACCAUUUAUUACCGUUUUUACCAAAGGGAGUUGAUAUUGGAAUAGCUGUUUUUUGCCCCCUUUGUCUGUUCCUUUAUGUCUUUUUUGCUUUUUAAUUUCUGUAGUAAAAACACGGGGAAAAGUAGAAAUGUAUCCAGGUCUUUGAGUUUUUAUAUAAGAAAAAGAUGUUUUUUCUUUUCUCCUCUGAAUGUGACGAUUGUUUGGUUAAAAAUCACUGCCCCCCUCCCUGUUUUUGACGACGGCGAGACUCGCCGCGUCGUUCUCCCCCCCCCCGACUAGACUUCUGCUGCAAACUUCGACCCGCCACCAUAUUUUUGAUAAUGGAAGAAGUCACACGAGCAUGUCUUUAGUCCCUUUAUUUAGACAUUAUUUAAAGUAAUAAUAAAAACCACAUU